AUGAGACGUGACCAAAAAGGGUGUCUCGGCAUCCUCUUCUGCCUUUCCGGCAUAGGCCUUAUCGUACUCAUACUAUGCAUCUUCUUCGUCUUUCCUCCCGCUCCUACUGUCAGAAUCACUAAUGCCUCUCUCACCCAAUUCAAACUCAGCGAGGAAUCUCUCAACUACAACCUUGCACUAGACCUCGCCAUCAAAGACACCAACAAAGUGUUUGCUAUUCACUACAACAGCAUCGAACUCGUUGCCAAGUAUGGGAAGGAAGGGUUUGCUUUUAUGAGUUCCCCGCCUCACUUCAAACAACGUUACAAGAACACUACCAUUCUGCACACAGUUCUUCAAGGGCAGCAGUUGGUGAGGUUUUCGGAAAGUGAGCUCUCCCGGUUUAACUUGGAGACUGUUGCUGGAGUUUACAGUAUUGAUGUGGUCGCAACUAUGCAAAUAAAAAAAUCUGUAUCCGCAAGGGUUUACAAACUUGAAUGGAUCUGCAGACUAAUGCUUCCUUUGAGUUCUGACCAAGCAUUUUCCAGUUUCAAGGCUAUAAAGUGUAUUAAUUCAAUUUAA